AGCACUUCCGGUUGACAAGGGGCGGAAAAUUCAAACACCUGUCAAAGAUUUUGAUUUGUUAGCUGGUGAUGCCUGGGAUCUGAACAAUGUUGACAACAAGGAGUAGAUUCAAAGUGUUGAAUGAAAUAGCCCAACAGAACAAGGAACAGAUUGAUACAGUCACAGAAGAAAAAAGAGAGAAAAGGAGAAAGAAAGUGAUUAGAGAAUUGUUUGAAACAGAAAAGACAUAUCUGAAUCAUCUAGAAUUAGUGAACAAGUAUUUUGAUUUUCCACUGAGGUUUAACUGUUUAAUCCCAGACAGCAUCCACAGUAAGAUCUUUGGUAAUAUAGAACAGAUAUGGGAGGUCAACAAGACACUUCAAGAGUAUAUGGAACAAACCACUAUAGGCCAGGCCUUCCACUAUCUAGGACCAUUUCUAAAGUUAUACUCAUCAUAUGCUAACAACCAUGAAACUGCCCUGGCAGCUUUACAGGAAUGGUUGCAGAAGAGCACAGAAUUUAAAGAUUUCAUUCAGACUCAAGAAGAACGUUCAGAUUUAAAUGGUCUCAAACUGAAUGCUUUACUGAUAACUCCUGUACAGAGAAUACCAAGGUAUAGACUGUUACUAGAAGACUUAUUACAGUGUACAACAGAAGAACAUCAUGAUUAUAUACAGAUUAAAGAAUCAGCUCACCAGGUAGGAGAAAUAGCCAGUCAUAUAAAUGAACAUAUAAAACAACAUGAGAACUUCCAGAAAAUGUUGAGUAUUCAGAAGUGUUUUGACAGCUCAGCACCUAAAAUACUGGCUCCAGGUAGAGAGUUUCUCAGGGAAGGAGUACUGAAAAAGGUUUCAAGGAAAGGUGGAAAGUCACAUGACAGAAUGUUUUUCCUGUUUUCUGACAUGUUGCUUUAUGGGAAAGCUAAGUUUUUAGACAGUGGUAACAAUACCUACUCGUGUUGUUGUGUACUACCAUUAAAACACUGCCAAGUAGAGAGAAUGUUUGGACAUAGUAAGAAUGGUAACACUAGCCUGACAGAAACAGGAGGCAUGUUUUCUAUCACAUGUAAAGAUGAGAGUUUACUGUUGCUGUCACAUGAUCCACAAAAUGUCCAGCAGUGGGUGGAGACUUUAGAGUCUGCUAUCAAAAAAUUAUGUAAUAAUAGAUCAACUCUGAGAAAACCGAGCAGCCACAAACUACCAAUGAGAGGAAAAUCACUAUGGCGACAGAAAAAACAAGAAAAGAUGGAGGACAAAAAGAUGAAAGCUAAAUUACAACCGGUCAAUGAAGAUACAACAGCAUGUCCAGAAUCUCCGUGUUUACCUGAUGGAUUAUCUCCCUUUAAAAAGACUUUUCCUGAUUUUAAAAGCUGCAUGUCACCUAAAAGAAGAAAAUUAGAAAAUGACCAAAACAAUACACCACACCCACCUCCCCAUCAGAGGAAAAGGGGUGUGGCUAGCAUAUCUGAUGCCUAUUCCAGUUCACCUGUGUCAAAGAGAUUGACGAGGCGGCCAUUGUCUGAAUCGGAAUAUAGUCAGACAUCUGACGUAUUUGAGGAUACCAAUGGUUGGAAUACUACUCGCACUCCAUCAGCUGAUUGUACUGAAAACACGUUCAUGCAGGUCACUAUGGAUGACCUCGAUCUGGCAGAGGUCACCAAUAAUUCAUUUUGUCAACCUAAAGCCAAUGAUGAAAAGACAUCAACAGAUGUGUAUUAUACUAACAGUUACAGAGAACAAAAAAGGCAGAGAUGUACCAGAGAACCAUUUACAAGAUUGUUAAAUACAGGAAGAGGAUUCACUAAGAGAUGUCACAGUGCCAUUAACAAUGUUCAGACUAGAAUAAAUGAAACAAAACAGAACUGUUCUAUACAGUAGUAUUAACAUGUAGGUCAAAACUAAUUAUUUUGCCUGCGCUCCUUUGACCUGCAAACUCAGGGUCAGAUGACAAGUAGGGUUAUUUUACUCCCAACAAAUUAAAAGGGACACUAGCUUCCGUGUCCAGAUUUGUAAUUGAACAAACUAGGAAAUUGUUGGUUAAAAUGUCUUCAUCAAUAAUUAAAGAAGGUUGCAGGUAAUAAAGACAUCCAAUGGUUUCUGUUUUUUGGUUUUUGUUUUUUAAGUUGGUGUAUGGCAUACAAUGUUUUAUUUAUUUUUUACUCAGAUAUACAGAAAUGGUGCAUCCAAAGUGCUAAGGGAGGCCAGUUUUGGACUGAAUUUUAUAAGCUAUGAAGUAAAAAGAGGUACAGUCCAAAAUAAGUUAUAUUAGAUAUAUGAAAGAUUAUACUAUACUCCUAAUGACAUGGACAUAUUAUCUACAUUAUUGUUUUUAUUGUAUUUUUAAUGUCUAAAGGAAGAUGAAGUAACAAGUGUUACAAUAUAUAUUCAACAUUGUAUAAUAUGAUGUCAUGUUAUAGUUGGAUUUUAGUACACAACAAAAUGCAGUACUAUAUUGUAUAAUGGAAGUAUAUAUUUGUAUACUGGAUUAUUUAAAGUGCAAACACAACACAUACUAGAUGUAACACUUUUCUUGAGAUAUUACAAGACAUUGGAAAUGUUUUUGCAAACUGCAGGUCUUAUAUCAUUGUGAGUAUCUUAUAUCUUCAAAACGAAUGAAUUUCUUUAGUAAGUAUUGAGUCUUUUAAAAUGAAGAUUAAACAAAGUAUGAAUUUAUAACAUUUACUUUUUAAGGAAGAUAUUUUGAUAUUUUAUUGAAUAGAUUUUAUCGAAUGUAAAUUUUUAGUCUUUUUGAAUUUUAUUUUUUAAUAUUGGCCGGUAGCUUUUUUAUAUUGUGAUAAUUUUAGAUAUUAAGUUUCAAAUGUAAUGGCAAUAGGGUCGAACGUUCAAGGAAAGGAAGAUUAAAUUUAAACUUGCAUCAUUUUCAUCUAAUCUUAUUUAGAUAAGAAAGCCUGCAUCCCUGCACCCUAAUAUAAUUUCUCAUAUAAGUAUGAAAUCAAAUUAUAUGUUUACAGCUAUUAAUUUGAUUACACCUGAUUUUACCCCAGCUUCUGAAGGAGAACAAAAUGUUUACCCAUUUAUGUAUAUGUAUCUGAAUAAUUUAAAACAGGAAUAACUGCAUAAACCAUUGGCAUAUUUUUGCCAUACUUGGUCUGAAUGACCCUUAUGUUAUCCUAGUAUACUGUGAAUAGACUUUCUGCAGACCAAGAAUUACAGAAGAGAUUGUAGUACUCUAUUCUGCAAAACUUUUUUCACUGUGGAGUUUAAGUUGUAACAAGACCUGUUGUUUUUCUUUUUAAAAUGUGCCUCAUAUUAGCUUAGACUGAUAUGUCAUAGGAUAUCGGUAUAUUUUUAUGCCAUACAAUUAUUAUUUGCAAGGGAAAUAUAAUCUUAAGAAUCAAUCUAAAAUGUAAAACCUAUUGUCAAAUAAUUAUAAAACAUUUUAACUUUAUGUUACAUACUCAGAUUCAAUAUAUAUUGAAGUAUAAUUUUUCUACAAAGGGUCUAUCAUUGUCUUCAAAGGAUAAUUCCAGCUAUUACAUUCUCAAUUGCAGAUUAAACAUAUACUUUUAUAAAGAAUCAAAAUAAGUUAAGUAGACAAAUGCUGUAGAUUCUUAGACUAUACAAAAAGGGGGGUGGGGGUUCUUAAAAUUAUCCUGUCAGAACUAAUUCCCCAACGUGUAAUGCUGCUAAUCUUGCCAUAGUUUUUGUGUUGCCUGACAGUGUCCAGCUAUCACAAGAGACACACAGGGAUUACUUCUGUCAUUUUGCAUCAUAAACCUCAUACCCUUUGUCAUACUUUCUUAAUCCACAAUCAAUUAAUAAUGGCUUGAUAGAACUAACAGAAUCGUUUACAGGACAUUAAGUUGUGUACCUGCUAUUUAACAAAGUGAUUUUGGGGUGUGUGCCAUACCCAAACAAUGACUUUUUUGCGUAUUUCAAUUUGUUACACAGCAUCUCCUUGAAAACAACAAAUUUAUAAAAUUCCAUCAGAUUUCCACUUUUUCUUCUACAUGAGUGACAUGUACCUACUAUUUUAGAAUUAGAUCUAAGUGAGUUUUAAGUUUCCCAUAUCAAAACAUGGAAUCAGCAAUUUCAGCUUAUAUUAUUUGGAGACUGCAUGUGGCAGAAGACACACAUAAUUUCAAAGCAGUUAUGGUCAGUUAAUUGGCACAAAGGGAAUAACCGAAGGAGAAGAAUGGAAGGGAUGAGAAAAUUUUAUCCAAUAAGUACAAAUUUUUAGUUUAAAAAUCUGUUUUAAUUCCAAUAACUGUAAGUGCUGUUUAAUUUCUGAAUUAUUUUUAUUAACUGGGUUUCCGAAGGAAAAAUAGGUUAUUGAUUUUGGGAUGUGUCGGCUGCCAAACAGUGUUUGUGCAUUUACUCAUGAACCGUUCAACCAAAGCUUUUUAAAUUUAAAUAUGUUGUUACUGAUGACAAAAUGGAUGUCAAGUUUUAAUAUUGACGAUUUUCACUUUCACCAUUCAGGAGUUAUGGUUCUUAAAAGAUUGAAAAGUGGUCUUUCCAGUCGUGUCCGUGCUUUAACUCAUGAACCUUUCAACCAACGCUUUUCAAAUUUUAAUAUGUUGUUACUGAUAACAAAAUUGAGGUCAAGUUUUAAAAUUGACGAUUUUCACUUUUACCGUUCAGGAGUUAUGGGUCUUGAAAAUUAAAAAAUGGUCUUUCCAGUCGUGUUCGUGCUUACACUCAUGAAUCAAUCAACCAAAGCUUUUCACAUUUUUAAUCUGGUGUUACUGAUCACAAAUUGAAGGUCAAGUUCAAUAUUGAUGAUUGUCACUUUGAUCGUUCAGUAGUUAUGGUCCUUGUGAUAUUUAAAAAUGCUAGGACACAAAUAAAUGUUAAAAAAUCUGGUUUGCUGUCACUCUAACAUCCUCUUGUUUUAAUUCCUGUACGGGACAUUUUUAAAAGACAUAUGCACUAAUUUAUUUACCUAAGAUUAUUGUUUUAUCAUAAAUCAGGCCAAACAUUUAAUUAUAGCUAUAUGUUCCUAAACAGAUUGCCUUAUUUAUGAAUAUGCCACGUGUAACAUUUAUAUUUUAUUGACUAAUAGAGUAGAUUAUAUAUUACCCUUAAGAUAUUGGAGUGAGAAUCAGUAUAAUUAUUAUGGAAAUUGACAUUAAGUUCAGGUCAAGUUGGAGAAAUGGGGGUCUUUGACUCAGUAAACAACAUUGACAGUAUCUUUAUCAUUAUAUCUAACAAUUGAUUUGAACUGGACCAUACUUUCCAAUACUGAUUUUAAAAGUAACAUUCACAGAUUUCUUGCCAAAAACUCAUGGGUAUUGACAGAUAAUUUUACUUUUCUUGAACUGAUUUUCUAGAAAAAUGUAGUGCCCAUAUGCAUAAUUGUAUCAACAUUUGUCUGAAUCUGAAUAUGAUUUCAUAUAUAUCUGUUAUUAAUUGGUUGAAAAUUACAAGUGCUAUAAAGGUUGACUUUUUUCUGUAUUUUGGUGUUUCUCUGCUAUUUGAAACAGUAUGUCAAGAAUUGUACCUUUGUAGGACACUUUGAUUUGAUCUAUUUGGUUAUCAACAAAAUGUACUGUAUUAAACAGCUUUAAUGAUGAUUUAGCAUAAUAUAUUAACAGUAUUUUAAUUGACAUUUAUUUAUAUCCUAUAUCAUUUUAUAAUAACGAAAUAUGAUUAAUUAAUGACCAUAUUUAUAAGUGUUUAAUUCAGCUGAAUCAGUCUAUAGAUACUCUGUAACAUUUAUAGUAUAAUAUAUUCAAGACAUAUUUUGAUGUUCUUAAUAUUUGUACUGAGGUUGUAUUUUUCUUUAUUAUAUAAAGUCACACAUGAAAGUAACUUGAAAGAAUGUCAGAGAUGUUUGAUGAAAUAUAAUAUAUCUGUCAAAGAUAUUAAUGAACAUAAUUCAUCACUGUUUUUUUUUAAAACAAUUUUACCAUUUUCACUCCUCUGUUUCAGAAUAACAAGAUUCUUAAAAGACUGUUAUAAAUUGAUAAUAUAUAAAUAGCGGAACUUAAAAAGUAGAAAAUAAUGACAGGUCGGUGUCCUUGUUUUUGAGAUAUAAUCAAUUGAAAAUUUGGCGGGAAAUGAUUCUCUCUAGAUUCUUCAUUCACAUCUAGAUUCUUCAUGCACUUAACAUUGGCACCUUUUUCCUUUAAAAAACUAUGAAAAAAUAACAAGGAUUUUAUAAGAUUUUCAAAAAAUAGCUUUUUAAACUAUAUGAAAUACAAUUGUGAAAAGAAAAGUAGGGAUUAGUGGGCAAAAUUUUUAUUGGCGCCACAAGGAUUAAACUACAGGAUUCAGAAUAUCUGACAAAAAGUCAAAAAACAGAGUAGGAAACAUCCUUAACAUAUGUAUUUAUGUACAUGUAACCAAUUCUUUUAUCUUCAGGUGUAUCAUUUAAACUUAUUCAAAAAUCUUCUCUUAAGCAUUGGACCCAUUUGGACCAAACCUACUACAACUAUUAUUAGGGUGUCUAGUUUUGGAAAUAUAUUUCAUGGUAUGGGCCACUGUGGGGGUUAAACUACAUGCCCAUUAAUACCACAAAUAGAACAUAAAAUUGUCAUAUGAAUAACAAAAAAUAUUUUAAAAUCAUUAAAAAUAUUAUCAGGAAUAUUUUACGUAAUGUUUUGGAAAUGACAAUAAAUGAUUCCCUUGUUUUCGAUCUGUGAGUUUGACUGUCCCUCUGGUGUCUUUCGUCCCUCUUUUAUUCAGUAUGGUGAAGUAGUAUAUAUAAAAAAAUCCCAAGGUUUGAUUAGAUGUUAAUUUUGAUAUGACUUUAUUUCCUAAAAAGAAUUAUUCUUUUGAUUAGGGAUAUGUGUUUGAAAGGCUGAUAAUUGUUCAUGUAGUGUUGAAUAUAAUACUUGUGAUGUGCAAUAAUUAUCAUAUAUAUGUAACAUAUUGUAAGUAGAAUUUUAGUAAUUUAUUUUAUACAGAUAUAGAAAUAAAUGUUUAUUUUUCGAA